AUGGCCUUCAAGUUAAGAGGAAAAAUGAAUUGUUUGCUGAGUGACCUGAUGAUAUUUUACAUUCUCAUUCUCUCUUUAGUGGAAUGACUGUUGUAUGAGGAUACAGUGCGUGUUGAUAAGGCUGCAGAAAUACGAUAAGAAGAUGACCUGCACAGCAGGAAAAUACAUGUUUGCUGCUGAUGUGCUGUCUUGAGCAGUCAACAAGAAAGAAAAGAGUGACCAAGAGAUUAAUGCUGAUACAGAGGCCUAUGUCGACAUGACUGUAGUCUCCAUUCCAUUAUCUCCCCAUAGAACAGGUGAGAUUAGGACAGCAGCAGGAACAAAAGAAACAAUGAAAGUACUUAAAGAGACAGUACAGAAAAGAUGGCCAGCAAAUAAAAAUGGCUGUCCAAUGUGUAUUCAGGAUUAUUGAACUGUCAGUAAUGGAAUGUAAAGGGGGUUUCUUCUUUUUUCUUUGUUACUGUUGGGAAAGGGUUUCUUUUUGUUAACUAGCAGGAAUGCUAUGCUAAUUUACUGAUACCGAGAAUGGUAUUCCUUUGUAAACCAAAUGGGGAUUAAUGUUCUUUCUUCUGAGUCUGUAAGCUUUUGUUGACGGGCUUUUGGGCAGAUCGGCGCGAGGAGGUCGAGAGAGAGGACGCAAUGCUCUAAGCUGGGCGAGGAUCGGACCCCAAAGGGGGGUCCGAGGCCGGGAGAUUCUCCGAGGAGGGGGGGGGAUGAAGCGAGAUGUGCUUGGUUGACCACUCGGAGGGUCCUGAACUGUUUGGAGAGUCCGAGGAGUUCGGAGGGGAUCGAAUGGUGGCCAGAAGACUUCAGUAAUUGAGCUCCAACGGCUGUGCACGAAGUGGUUUGGACUUUGGGGCCUUUUCUUUAAUUUUCUCUUCAUAUAUACUGUAUCGUUAUUAAUCACUUAGUUAUAGUAACCUUUAUAAAUUGUACUCAUUUAAUCGCAUAUGGUGUACUGUCUGUUUUUGGGUGAGGCGGGGACAUCACACAGCAUCCACACCAGCUGAUUACCCAGUUUGGCGGGGCCGAAGGCUGCUCCCCCUAGACGAAAUGAGCUGAGCGAGCCUGAGGCGACCCAGGGGGUUACAUUGUGGGGUGCUCGUCCGGGGUUGAUUUCUGUGGAAGCUGUGUGAUCACCCUCUUUAAAUUGUGUCUGCGGCGAAGAGCUGGUGUGCCUUUGUGGGUGUGUGAUUGCUGGUUAUCGCUGCGUGUGUGUUGGGUGGGGUGGCUGCUGUUGGUAGCCCGGAGGUCGUUGUUCGAGUUCCAACUAGUGCUGACGAAAUGGUGAUGGGACCAUGGGUUGUCCGUACUGUUUGGAGAGUGAGGAGUGACAGGUUGGGAUGUUUCAGCAGUGGUGAGUUCCGCCCGGUUAUUGGAAUAAUGUCCAGCCCUAAAGGGGCGGAAGCGUGGGCGGAGCGGACCCCUCAGUUGUUGGCUACAUUGGAUUUGGAAGUCAACCCAACAGUGUUGCAUGCCACAAUUGGUGAAGAAGUCCUACUAAGUUGCUUAUUUUCACACCACACUAAACCUGACUUGAGCUACAUUGUGAUUGAAUGGAACCAGAGAACAGGAGAUAAUGAAAAGGCUAUUUGCCUGUUUGAUUUUGGAGAAUAUGAAAGCUAUAGACCUGGUUCAAGUCUCUCUUUAAAUGAAAUAAGCAAAGGAAAUGCAUCUUUACUCCUAAAAAAUGUUACUAUUAGUGACAUUGGAUCAUACUCCUGCACAGUUACAAUAUUUUCUGAUAAAAAAGUGGGGAGAGUUACUUUGUCGAUUUCAGCACCUCCUGCAGUCUGGGUAAACACUGUAAGUAUUACAAUUGAACCUGGUGAAGAACAAGCAAUUAUUUGUGAGAUGCGGGACUUUUACCCAGAGAACCACUCUGUCAUUUGGUUAAAAAGUGGCUCAAAAGACAGUGGAAACCAGAUCGAUAUCACAUCCCAAGCAGUUUUCGGAACACCUCAGCAAAAUCAAGAUGGGACAUUUAAUCUGAUUUCAUUCCUAAUCAUCAAAGGAAACCAAUCAGAUGAUGGAUCUUUUUAUAUCUGUCAAGUCAAUCAUGAAGCCUUAAAGUCACCAGUGCGAAGAGUCAUUAGUUUGACCACAAAGGGACCCAAAUUAACUAGCAGGUCAAGAGUAUUACUCACAGUGGUUUUGACGUCUCUGAUCACAGCAGUUGUCUGUUUUGGAACUUGCCUUUUCUACAAUAAAGGGACAGUUACUCCCAGAGUGACAAACAUUGUUAAAUCAAACCACUGGAACACCAACACUACGCAUUCUCUUGCCUGUGCAGUUUACUGGUUCGGACCAACGCCAAUUGUUGUGUCUUGGUACAGGGAGGAAGUGGGUAACUUCCAGAGAGUCCUCGUUGGUAAAUGGGACAACACUUCACAGUGUGCAAAAAGGAGGACAGAAGGGUGUUUUCAGACUGAACAAGAAGAUAAAGCAAUGUUGUUCCUUGAAGGAACAUAUGAUAUUGCUGUGACUUGGAAAAGCCAAAGAAGUAGUGGAAUGUACAGUUUAAUAUCUCAGCUCACCUUCAGACGUGCAAGAGCUGCAGAAGGAAAGCAAGCGUACUAUUUUAAUGUCCAGCAUGACUCACUGAAGCAAAACAUUCUAAGAUCGGUUAUUGUAGAAAUGGAAGGUGUUGAUGACGAUAUUGAAUAUUUUCCAACACAAAUGAAGUGCAAAGACUGGGCACUACAGGCUAUUGAAGAAGGACGCCGCACUAUAGUUAAUUACGUCAGUCCAAACAUCCAUCCGCUCCUAGAUAUUUUAAUGGAGAAGAAAAUAAUCUCUGAAAAUGAUCAGAGUGAUAUAAAAGCUAAGCCAGACAUCGAUAAAGGCCGGACUCUUCUGGACAUGAUGAGCUACAGAGGGCAGCGGGCUUGUGUUGAAUUUUUCAAUGUCGUACGGAAUACUGAUGAUCUUUAUCCUGGCAUCAGAAAGUAUCUAACAUCACUCUGGGAAUCCUACACUGAGAAAGAUGACAGACCUGCUUUUGAUCACUUUGAAGACAGACCACCGGAUUUAUUUCAUGUCAACAACGAAAAAUCCAAAAUGAUCAAUAUUCCUGAAGAAAUCCUUAAAGCAACUGAGAAUCACAAGAGCAUAUUAAGAGCUCAGAUGGAGAGAAUAAAACCAUACUUUGCUUUUGAUAACUCUAGUCCGUUGCUGCAGGAACAUUUUACCAGCCUAGUCAUUCUCAAUGUCCAAGAAAGAAACAAAACUGAACAUGAGCUCCUGCAGCACAGAGACUAUACAGCCUGCGAGCAUACAGAGCUGCAGCAGCUUCUUUUGCCAUCUGCACCUGGAAACGUACCACCACGAAUCACACUAGUGCAGGGAGUGGCAGGUAUAGGAAAAAGCAUUAUGAUGCAGAAGCUUGCCUACAGCUGGGCAUGUGGAACGACUUACACUGGAUUUUAUAUGUUGCUAAAUUUCAGUUUCCGAGAGUUAAACACUAUCACUGAGAAAAUCAGUCUGACUGAGCUUAUUAUACGUAGUUAUCCUCAUUUGACUGUAUUAUGCGAAAAACUCCUGCAAUUUCCAGCUGGAAUUCUAUUUUUAUUUGAUGGAUUGGAUGAAUUCAAAUGGCCUCUUGAUUUUAGUGUUCAUUCAGUUGAUAACCCAUCUGUUUCUGAACACAUUAGCCACUUGAUUGUAAACAUCAUCAAGGGAGAUCUCCUUCGUGACUCAACUGUUCUGAUCACAUCCCGCCCAACCUCAAUUGAUUUAGAUCACAAAGCCUAUUUUAAUCGAUGUGCUGAAAUUUUAGGGUUUUCUAGGAAUGAAAUUGCAAAAUACUUUGAGAAGUGUCUCAAGAAUAAGCCAUUUGCUGAUCGUGCCUUCCAGACAGUGAAGAACAUUGACUCCUUGUAUGGGCUCUGUUAUGUCCCUGCAUUUUGUGAUAUUUUGUGCUUCUAUCUCCGGAAAUCAUUUCACUCUAAAGGCAAGUGGUCCAAUCUGUCUUCAUUUCCCAAAACGAUCACAGAUUUAUUCCUCCGUUUCACCAAGUGUUUACUUGUCUGUACCAGUGGUGAGGAUGAAGACCCUGAGACCUUCUGCAUAGAAGCUGAUGAAGACAAGAAUGAAAUUAUUAGCUUGGCACAACUUGCAUGGGACGGAGUCAUCAAUAAAACAAUAAUAUUUUCAUCUAAAGACGUUGAAAAAAGCAUCUCUGGAAAGGCCAAAGUAAUAAAAUCCUUCUGGAAGAAAAUCCUCACUAAAGAGGGCCUAGAAAUGAUGCAUUGUCAUAUUUGGCAGUUUUUCCACCUGACUCAUCAGGAAUUUUUUGCAGCACUCUAUUGUAUUUCUGGUGUGGAUCAUGUGCACAAGGCCUUCAACUCAAAGGGCAGCACUUUUGAGAUUGUGCUGAGGUUCACUGCUGGCUUAGUCUCUCGCAGUAACAGAAAACUUGUCAAACAGUUUGUGCCUGAACACCAGGUUAAAGAAAGGGAAGUCUUUGCAGCUAUUGAAAAUGCUGCUGCUGUUGACAUUCCAAAAGAAGACAAACUAACUCCUGAAAAUAUCAAAAAAUAUACAGCACACAAAAGACAAAAACUAACAGCCUCUCAUUGUCUGUAUGAAGCAGCAAAUGAAGAUCUAACAAAAUUAGUUGCUUCCCAAACCAGUGACUGUGUAAAUUUUUCUUACAUCACUUUGAAUGUGACUGACUGCACUGUGAUUGCAAACCUCCUUUCCCAUCACACAACUAUGGAAACACUCGAAUUGGACGGGUGCAAAGCUGGAGCUGUUGGUUUCCAAAGACUGAAGUCUAUUUUUCCCAGAAUCAAAACACUGAGUUUAGAGGGAAACAUGCUAGAAGAUGAAGGAGCAGAGAUUAUUGCUGAUGCUCUCAAAAAUGAAACAUGUAGAAUAGAAACCUUAAGGUUGAAGCACAACUCCAUAGGGGAGAAAGGAGCGGCACAAAUUGCAGAAGCUAUGAAAACAAACAGCAGCCUGAAAGUAUUGGGGUUGAGAGCAAAUGUUGUCAAAGCCGAAGGUGCUCAGUUAAUAGCCGAGGCCCUGGAAGUCAACAGCACACUGAGAGUUUUGGGCUUGCAGUGUAACAAGAUUGGAGAUGAAGGUGCAAAGUACAUGGCCCAAGCAGUUGAAAGAAAUCGCAGCUUGGUUGAAUUACGACUUGGAGAUAAUGACAUCACUGACAAGGGGAGUGAUUACUUUAGAAGUGCUUUAGAAGUGAAUGAUGCACUUGAAGAAUUGUGGAUUUUGGUGAAUAACAUAUCAAGUGCUGGAAAGGAAAGAUUGAAAAAUGCCUGGCAUAAAAAUCCAAAUCUUCGAUUGAAUUAAUUUUAUAGAUUAAAAUGCGUAGCAGUAUCUAUUGUGCAAACCUGCCACUUGGUUCCACUGAAAGGUGCACAGAACAGCCCAUGAAGCACUUGCGUGCUUUUAUCGAAAUCUCCAGAAGCAAGCUUGCUUGUUCAGGCUGGCCUGUUUCGCUUGAAGAGUACUCUCUUCAGCAGCUUAAUUCUGGACUUAUAUGGUUAAUGUGGAAGAUAAAAACAUAUUUAAGAGAUUUUUAUUAUAUUGCAUGUCAAAGGUCAAUACAAUGAUAUAAAAGUAUAAUGGUAGUCCUUCAGAUUCGAAGAAGACACAUUGAAACCUGUGUGCGAUGGAGUUUUAAGUGGAACAGCCAUUGAACGGGCAAUCCCACUCUCUCAGCAGAAGAAGCCUUGAUCCAGUAGCACGGACAACCGUUACGGCCGGAGACCUCUCCUGCUGCAGUGGAUGACCAGGACAUCUAAGUGUCUUGUCGUGCUCUUAGCGCUCCACAACACUUGCUCGGCAGAAGAAGCCUUGAUCCAGUAGCACGGACAACCGUUACGGCCGGAGACCUCUCCUGCUGCAGUGGAUGACCAGGACGUCUAAGUGUCUUGUCGUGCUCUUAGCGCUCCACAACACCUGCUGGCCCGCCUUCUUGGCCGUUGGACCAUUAAUUGGUCUCCUCCACUCAAUCUGCCAGGGCCAGAUGUCACGCGCUGGGAUAGACAGACCCCCUACCUCACCGAGGGUGGAAGACACGUCGGCUACCCUCACCUGGUUUGGCCCGUCUGCCGAGACGGUUUAGCGGGGUGUGGCCGCUGCGCGUCUUACAGCUACUUGGAGCCACAGGUGAGAGCUGAGUGCCGGAUGGGGACCAAAGGUGGACGAGCUGUCCUGAAAAAGGCACGGCAGGCUCCCCCACCAGAGGUGCUGCCCCUCCCUAGACACCCCAUACACCCCAAAAAGUAUAAAAGUACGAUUAGGUGAGAAAGACAUACCAUGAUGUACUCAAAGCUCCUUACUCCCAAGUUCUUGUCUGAGUGAAUCUGUUGGGUUUUUCAUAGAAGAACAGCGAAAGCUCUGUUUUAUUAUGGCAUGGUAAAGAGGUUCAGUUGUUGUUCAGAUCAAACAUCAGAAUAGGGAAGAAGUGUGAUCUAAGUGAUUGUCACCAUGUUGGUGCCAGGUGGGGUGGUUUGUGUAUCUCAGAAACUGCUGAUCUCCUGGGAUUUCCACACACAACAGUCUCCAGAGUGUACAGAGAACAAUGUGUAAGUCAAAAAACAUCCAGUGAGCAGCUGUUCUGUGGGUGAAAAUACUUUGUUAAUGAGAGAGGUCAGAGGAGAACGGCCAGACUAGUUCAGGCUGACAGUAAGGUGACAGUAACUCAAAUACUCAUGUGUUACAACAAGGAAGCAAAAAUUAGUGGGAAAACUGAGGACUGGAUGACUUUUAAAAACUUACAGAAGGAAACUAAGAAUGUCAUUAGGAAAGAAAAGAUGAAUUAUGAAAAGAAGUUAGCAAUUAACAUAAAAAAGGAUACUAGAAGUUUUUUUUAAAUAUAUGAAGAGUAAAAGAGUGACAUGGGUAGAUAUAGGACCAAAUGAAUAUGAUGCUGAAGAAGUUAUAAUGCAGGGAUGGCCAAACAGCGGCUCGCGAGCCACCUGCGGCUCAUGGAAAUAGGUUGGUUGAUCUCCUUUUUACCACAUGCUGCCAUUUCAUAGAAAUGAAUGGGAAAGCAUUUUGGCGAUAAAUAGAACCGUGGGAAAUUCCUUGAGACUUAAUUCCAUCACUCAAGAGUUGGUGAGAAUCGCUACGUGGCGCUGAAGACAGAUGCGUGUGUUUCAAAAUACACGACGUAGAUCUAUGUCGUUGGGCGCAGAAGGCGAAAGUAGCGCAGACGUAGAUCUACUUCAUUUGGCACUCAAAGUGUUAGUGAGUCGAGGCUGGACCUCACUCACGUCAUGUACAUUAACACAGUGUAACACAGGACGCUGAAUUGUGCAGACCUAGUUGGUACACUGCGGAUAAAAGUUCUGUUUACAAGUGUCUGAAAAUUUUGUGAAGGAAGAUGGCAUCAUCAAAUUGUAAGAAAUGAAGAUAUGAAGAUGAAAACAGACAUUUUAAGUCACAGUGGGAGGAAGAUUUUGCAUUCACCGUUAAAGGAGGUAAACCUUUGUGUCUUAUCUGCAAUGUGUCACUCAGUCAUUACAAAGCCAAUAAUUUGAAAUGCCACUAUGAAACAAAUCACAAAAACUCUUCGACUGAUUAUCCACAUAAAUCCGAAUUACAGAAAAACAAAUUAACUGUUAAAAUCAUCUCUAAAUAGCCAGCAGACACUGUUGACAACAUUCAGUAAGGAAGCUGAUACAAUGACUGAAGCUAGUUUCCUAAUGUCAUGGAAUAUUGCUCAUGCUAAACGCCCAUAUUCUGAUGGCAAAUAAGAAGAAUAUAGCUGAAGUUGGUGCAGUGUUAGAUCCAAAUAACACAAAACUUCAACGACUAACGGCACAAACACCAGUUUCACGCCACAGUACUGUCUCCCGGAUCAGUGCUGAUGUUGCAGGCAAAAUGAUGUAAAGAAUUCCCUUUCAUUCAGUUUAGCUCUUGAUGAAUCUACAGACAUACAAGACAACCCACAACUGGCAGUAUUUAUUUGCUAUGUUUCCUCUGAUGUAACUGUGAAAGAAUUAGGUACAGUCAAGAUUACUAGAGAGAAAAUGCUUGGGAAGCUAAAUGGACUAAGGAUAGAUAAGUCUCCUGGACCGGAUGAGGUGCACCCACAGGUUCUGAAGGAGGUGGCUCUGGAGUUUGUGGAGGCAUUGGAAAUGAUCUUCCAGGAAUCAAUAGUCUCUGGCAUGGUUCCAGAGGACUGGAAGGUUGCAAAUGUAGUUCCGCUGUUUAAGAGGCAGCAAAAAGAAAAUUACAGACCUAUUAGUCUGACAUCAAUAGUUGGAAAGUUAUUGGAGUCAAUCCUCAAGGUUAUGAAAUGCCUUGAGGUGCAUGACAAGAUAGGCCCAAGCCAGCAUGGUUUCAUGAAGAGAAAAAUCCUGCUUCACCAACCUAUUGGAAUACUUUGAGGUAAUCUCAAAUAAGAUUGACAAGGGAGAGGCUGUGGAUGUUGUGUAUUUGGAUUUUCAAAAGGCCUUUGAUAAGGUGCUGCAUGAGAGGCUGCUUAAUAAGAUGAGAGCCCAUGGAAUUACAGGAAAGAUAUUGGAAUGGGUGGAGCAUUGGCUGAUAGGCAGAAAGCAAAGGGUGGGAAUAAAGGGAUCCUAUUCUGGUUGGUUGCUGGUUACUAGUGGUGGUCUGCCGGGGUCAGUGUUGGGGCCGCUUCUUUUUACACUGUAUAUCAAUGACUUAGAUGAUGGAUUAAAUGGUUUUGUGGCUAUGUUUGCAGAUGACACCAAGAUAGGUGGAGGAGCAGGAAGUGUUGAAGAAACGGAAAGGUUGCAGGAGACUUGGUCAGUUUAGGAGAGUGGGCAAAGAAAUGGCAGAUGAGAUACAAUGUUGAGAAAUGUAUGGUUGUAGAUUUUGGAAAAAUAAAUAAUCGGGCAGAUUAUUAGUUAGAUGGAGAGAAAAUUCAAAAAUCGGAAGUGCAAAGGGACUUGAAGGUCUUCGUGCAGGAUACCCUAAAGGUUAUCCACCAGGUUGGAUCGGCAGUAAGGAAAGCGAAUGCUAUGUUGGCAUUUAUUUCAAGAGGAAUAGUGUAUAAGAGUAAGGAGGUGCUGAUGAGGCUCUAUGGGCACUGGUGAGACCUCAUUUGGAAUACUGUGCGCAGAUUUGGGCCCCCUGUCUUAGAAGGGGUGUACUGAUGUUGGAGAGAGUUCAGAGAAGGUUUAUGAGGAUGAUUCCUGGAAUGCAGGGACUAACAUAUGAGGAGCGUUUGUCAGCUCUUGGACUAUAUUCAUUAGAGUAUAGAAGAAUGAGGGGGGAAUCUCGUAGAAACAUUUUGAAUGUUGAAAGGGUUAAACAGGGUAGAUGUGGAAAGGCUGUUUGUUUCUCUUGGUUGGUGAGCCCAGGACAAGAGGCCACAGUCUUAGAAUUAGAGGGUACCCAUUUUAAAUAGAGAUGAAGAGAAUUUUUUUUAGCCAGAGGGUUGUGAAUUUAUGGAAUUCGUUGCCACAUGCAGCUGUGGAGGCCCGAUCAUUGAGGCUUUUUAAGGAGGAGUUUGAGAGGUAUCUGAUUAGUCAAGGUAUCAAGAUAUAUGGGGAAAAAGCCGGAAAUUAGAACUAGAUGGGAGAAUAGAUUAGCUCAUGGUGGAGUGGGGGAGCAGACUCGAUGGGCCAAAUGGCCUUCUUCUUCUUGUGGUGUGCAGAAGAGCAUCUCUGGGUCUACAACAUGUCAAACCUUGAAGUGGAUGGGCUAUUGCAUUAGAAGAUCAUGACCAGGAAGUGGCCAGUGAGUAUACAAUAAGUGGAAAGUUUCAUCAGUGUUGUUCGUCCAAGAAAAUUUUCACUUAGUUAUCAAUGCAUUAUCUAUUUUAAACCAGAUAUUACACUGCCAAAAUUAAUAUAGUGCAUUAAGGGCCUCUAGUGUUGUUGAAACUGCCAGGGAGUUCUGCCAUGAGAAUCUCAUGCUGAAAGGACUGUAAGGACCUUUUGCUUUUCAGCUGUAUUAUUGAGUUACAGAAAUUGUGCCAAACAUGUCUCUUCAUCAAAGGAAUAAUUUUUUUAACAGCAUGUUAAAAAAUGCACUUUACUAGAUGAAUAGCUGAUCCAAAUCCUUUGGGAAAAUUUAUAAUCUCAACCCCAUCCUUUGAAGAAUAUACAAUUAAAGAGUAAAUCACUACUUUUUAAAGUUAUUAUGUUCCAAGGCAUUGUGAUUAGUUAAAAUAAUCUAGCAUAAGGUUUGUUAUAAAAAUAUUGGAAAUAAAGGCAGAAGUAGAACAUUUUGUCCCAUGAGACUGUUCUGCAUUCAGUCAUCUGUUCAUUUAUUUCAAGGCCUCUUUCCUGUAACAACUCCAUAAUCUUCAAGAGUCUUAGAGAAGUACAGCACAGAAACAGGCCCUUUGGCCCAUCUAGUGCUUGCCAAAGCCACUUAUACUGCCUUCUCCCACCGGGAGAGUAGCACUCCAUACCUAUUCUCUUAAAUGUUGAAAUCGAGCUCACAUGCACCACUUGUGCUGGCAGCAAAUUCCACAUUCUCACAACCCUCUGAGUGAAGAAGUUUUCCCUCAUGUUCCCCUUCAACUUUUCACCUUUCACCCUUAACCCAUAACCUCUGGUUGUAGUUCUACCCACCUAAGUGGAAAAAGCCUGCUUGCAUUUACCCUACCUAAGACCCUCUAUCAAAUCUCCUCUCAAUCAUCUACUUUCUAAGGAAUAUAGUCCCUAACCUAGUCAAUCUUUCCUUAUGACUCGAGUCCUACUGGUUCAAUAAUCAGGGGAUUGAGAUCAAAAAUCGCAAGAUGAUGUUGCAGCUCUAUAAAACUCUAGCGAGGCCACACGUGGAGUAUUCUGUUCAAUUCCGGUCACCUUGUUACAGGAAGAAUGCGGAAGCAGACAUCCCACCCUGCAAAAACUCAUUUCAGUCAGUAGCACCCCUACCCCCCCCCCCCAGUCAACCUCCAAGGGUGUAUGUAACACUUGUAACACUUCCUUCAGUGAUUUUGUCUAAUCUGUAACCCAAAUUGGGUAUGUGCACAAAAUGUGACAUUAAAAUAUGUACUUAUAUUAUCAUGGAGUCGUUUUUUAUUCUAUUACAACUUUAAGCAAGUCUACUGGGAGUUUGGCCUCAUCAUGUAGGACAUCAAUAGAGUAGCUCCUUAGCAGCUGGCCAGCUAGUAUAAAUAAUAUUAGCUAUGCUAGUGAAUGAAUGACACCUGUUAAGUUCACCUCAACAUGUCUUUUACAGUCAUUUAACCCAUCAUGGGCAAUAGAAAAGUCACUGUUGCAAACAGUGCAGUGAGCAACGCUGUCAUUAUUUUGACCCCUAUUAGGCAGGGGUACACUUUAGUGUAGUCUGGGGUAAGGUACGUUUUUUUUUCUUUCUUUGGAAUACCCGGCCAUGGCACAGCAGGACACUAAACUGAACUGAUGGACAAUGAAAGAGAGAGAGAGGGGUUGACUGUAAAGCCCGCCCAAAGAGACAACCAAUAGUUCUACUUAGCACAAAGAGAGACCAAUCAGGAAGCUCCCUCUCGCUCUUGCUCUUCCUCUUCCUCUCCCUCACCCUCUCAAAAAAAUCAAUUUCCAGGAUAUUGUUUAUAAUUUGCGGGCAUCAGGGAGCCGCUAUCAACAUGCGGGAGGCUUCUGGGAGAGGUGGGAUCUCUGUGGAAUAUUUAAAGGGCCCAGAGGAGAUUUACCAGGAAGAUGCCAGGAUUAGAAAGAAUGUCUUAUGAGGCUAAAUUGAGCGAACAAAAGCACGUACCUUUGGCUAGAAGGAGGAUGAAAAGAGACUUGAUAGAGGUGUACAAGAUGAUAAGAGGUAUGCAUUGAGUAGAGAGCCCAAGACUUUUUCCUAGGGUUGAAAUGGAUAAUAUGAGGCAGGGGUGGGGUUGAGAGGAGGUAUACAUUUAAGAUGUUUAGAUAAAAGAAUAGGUGAUUAUGUCAGAGGUAAGCUUUUUUUACACAGUGAGUGAUCAGGGCAUGGAACAUGCUACCAAGAGUGGUGGUAGAGACAGAUACAUUAGGGAUAUUUAUGAGACUCUUAGAUAGCAACUUGGAUGCAAGAAAAAUGGUGUGCUAUGUGGGAAGGAAGUGCUUGACUGACCUCGAAGUAGGUUCAUGGUUGGCACAACCGAAGCACCCUUAUGUGCUGUACUGGUCUAUGUUCUCAUGUUGGUAAGCUCCCAAGAGAAAUUUAACAGCCUACAAUUUGUAUUCAUUUAAAUGAAGAAUUAUUAGUUGUGUUUAUAGAUCUUAAUGAGCAUUUUAUAUAUAAAUCAGCAACUGCUACAAUUAAGGCUAAUUAUUCAAAAGUAUACUUGUGCUACAGAAAUUUGCCUUAAAGAAUCUACUCAUCAAGCAACUACAUUCACCAUAUCUCACUUUGGGGUGAGACAGGCAGAGUCCACACCCAAAACUGUCUCAAUCAUACUCACUGCAACUGUCAUUUGACCCACUUGGCACUUCUUUUUAAAAAUGUCCUCAGUAAACAAAAGGGGUACAUAUCCACAAUCCCUUAUCCGAAAUUCUGAAAUCCAAAAAGCUCUGAAAACCAAAGUUUUUUUCACCAACAGCUGACGUCACUCAGGUGUGACGUGGCAGCACUCGCAGAGGCCGCCAGACUUCAGUUGUGGCUCAGCACUCGUACUGGUUACAUGAACAUUUGCUGUUCGCUGAUAUUUUGUGUUCACUGUUGACUUUGUGUUUAAUUUCACUGUGAAAAUGUUAAAAAGAGCUGCAGAUACCCCUAUGGGUAACAAUGAGAAAAAGAGAAGGAAGCAGCUAUCAUUAUCAAUAACGCAGAAAGUGGAGUUAUUGCAGAAGCCUGAUCGUGGUGUGUCUGUGUGGUGUCUUACUGAAGAAUAUGGUGUCGGAACUACCACUGUAUAUGAUUUAAAGAAACAGAAAGACAAGUUACUGAAGUUUUACAGUGACAGUAACGUUGUACAUUUAUUCCAAUAAGUCAUUUACCAUGUGUUUGAUUCGGUUUGUUUGAAGCUGUAUAUUUUUAUGUUUUAUUGAAUGUUUUUGUUGGAAAUAAAAAAUGUUCUUGUCAUUAUUCCCUAAACAAUACAGUAUAUCAACUAUUUACAUAACAUUUACAUUGUGUUAGGUAUUAUAAGUAAUCUACAGGUAAUUUAAAGUAUACGGGAGGAUGUGCAUAGGUCUGGAGAUCUGCCGGGUUCUAAAGUCCACCUGCACUGAGACAGGUUAAAUAAGGGACUGGGACUUGAGCAUACGUGUUUUUUUUGUAUCUGCGGGGGGGGGGGGGGGGGUCUCAGAACUGAUAAGGAGGGAUUCUGAAAUCUGAAAAAGUUCUGAAUUCCGAAAUGAAACUGACCCCAAGGAUUUCGGAUAAGGGAUUAUGGACCUGUAUUUUAUACCUACUUUCUGUGAAUGCAGUAGUCUAUGAAACCUAAUAAUGGGAAGAUUAUGUAUUUACCGAUGAAUAAACAAUGAAAUUGGCCUUGAACGAAUAUAUUAACAUUGACCCAUUCAGUACUUCCCUUCAGAAGAUACACAAACACCACUUUGGCAGCUGAACCUCACAAAUGUAUUGCAUGCUAGUCAUGGGGAAUGCUUGGGAGAUUUCCUUCAAUAGUGUAUGCUUAUUCUGCUUACCUAUGUAAGGGGUUUCUUCUUCUAUGUUACUGCUAAGGCUAAUAAAAUGGCUUUUGUUAUGUUAACUGGUGAGAGAGGACUUUCUCUCGCAGUUUGUUUGGGUUAUAAUUACUGAUAACGAGGAUUGUAUUUAUUUGUUAACCAAUUGGGAGAGCUCUUAUUUUUUCUUGUAGGUCUGUAAGCUAGUGUUGCGCGGACUUUUGGGGAGAAGGCGCGAGGGGGUUAGAGAGAGAAGGAGACGUGAUGCUGUAAGCUGGGCGAUGGAAUGGACCCCGAGCGGGGGUCCGAGGUCCAGGGUUUCGGCGAGGAGAGGAGACGAGGACAGAUUCGUGUGGAACGUCUGGUCGACCAUUGUUGUUGGUCCCAGGCGGCAGGUCAAGGAGAUCAGAGGGGAUCGAAUGGUGGCCAGAAGACUUUGUUAACUGAGCUCCAACGGUUGUGCACGAAGUGGUUGAAUUUUGUUAAGUUUGCCGCCUUUUACUUUCCUAUUGUAUCUCUAUUAAGUAUAUAGUUCAAGUACG